CAAAAAACUUGCAUCUAAAAAAGUUUGUCGUAAGUGAAUCUUUGGGAGAAACACCAAUAUGGGGACAUGAUACAGUAGAACUUCUAUCAUGCACCCUUAGAGCGCUAUUAAGUUUUGGUGGGGGGGGGCACGAUAAGUGAUUUCAUCCUGCGCGUUAUCAACAUUACAAACCACCACUGCCGUCCAGUCCCCCCAGAACCAGAACUUUGAUCUCCGCCGGGCAGCACAAUAAACGUUCAAACGGAGGAAUAUGUGACUUUCUAGUACUCGGUUGAAUGUGUAGCUGUAUCGGGGACGCGCAUCACUCCCAAACCCAGGCGGAUGAUGGACAGGAAUUACCCGAGCUCCAGCUUCACCGAGCCGGUCACUGCAGCGGCCCAGAGCGCGGGCUGGGCCUACAAACACAGUUCGAGUUAUGAUUCUACACUACUGGACUCUGAGCUUCUCCAAAGGCAGACAUUUGCCUCAAGUCACCAGCCCGCUACAUUUUCCACAUCACACCAUCCCACAGAAGUGUUUGACUCUAAUCAGCACAGCAUAACCAGCAGCAACACUACUGAAUCAUCAGUCAUGAAUUUCCUCUCUGCUAUUGAGUCACGAAGCCUUCAGGCUGGACCUGCUGGCUCUACUCUUCUCCCUCCAUUUAGAAGCCCCUCAUGGCAAACUGGUGCCAACACUUCAACAGAACUCUUUCUUACCGGAGCCCUUCAUCCAUCAGAAACAUUCCCAAUCCCAUCUGUGCUCUCAUCCCACCAACACCCCAGUGCCUUUCCUAACAGAAGCUUCACCACUACAUCAGCACUUGCUGUUCAGGACAGCCCUUUUAGCUCAUCAAAUGGUCUGUUGUUCCACAAUGACCCUCUUCUCCAUCUCAAAUCCACCCAGAGCACUGUGCCAACCGCACUUGCAUUUGACCGCCUUAGUGGUGCAUCUAUAGGUGCUGGUCUACCACCCCAGUCCUCCACAUAUCGCUCAGCACAAGAAUCUGCCCCACACCUCCUUCAACCUCAGUUCAGUUUGCUCCCCAACAUCUUGGGCACCUCCCAGCAGGCCCCUCAGCCUUACAGUGCUCCAGUUUUCUCAGGCUCCAUUGAAAGAGCUUUUCAUCGUGAAUGUAGUGUGAUCAAGCACCUCCAGCGGCCUUCCAGCACCCAGUCGGUCCAGGAGCAGCUGGCUGGUGGUGUUCAGCACUCCCUACAGGGUUACCUGCAUGAUGAUAGUGAUGUUUCAUAUCAACAGGACCCUUCCCCGCACACACCACUACCCUGCAGCCCUGUGGGUGACCCUUUGCAUACUGUUAAUGGCAGUACACAGCAGAAGACUUCUCAAGCAGCACUGCAGCAAGCUCAGGCCUACACUUCUUCUGUCUCCUCCCCUGGGUUUUCUGGCUCAUCUGGAGUAAAGGUUAAAGUUGGGUCUUCCAAAAUAGCUCAACACCCCAGUGAGCGAACAGACAAUCAUGCCCAGGCAAGCUCUCCAGCCCUGCAGCAGCAGAGCUAUGCCUCCCCAGCCCAGAAUCAAAGCUCAGUGAUUGCUUGCCAGUCACAACCUUACACAUCUGCACACCUGCUUCCAGGCCUGUUAUCAGUUAGUGCCUCGCAUGCGUACGUCACCUCUCAAAGCCUGACAAGCAACCUUAGCCAAACACAAGCCUUCUCUUCUAGUUUACCUGAGAAGCUACCCUCAAUUUACAAAACUCUCUCAUCAUUUGCUAGUCAGUCUGAAGCUGAGACAUCUGUAAGCCAGUCUAUUAUUUAUUCUUCCAGUCAACAUCAGGAUUUGCCAUCUCCAGGAAACAGAGAAGGGUAUGAUACACAAGUACAAACACUUUGCAUGGGAAGUCCUUCUCAAAGCUACGCUUCCAGCCGCUCUCAGGGCCUGCCAACCAUUAGUUUCUACACCCAGGCGCCAGCAUCUCCUAGCAUUCCCUCGCAGAACUUUGUGUCAGUUCAACCAGUAACCCCAAGCCCAACUUUCUCACCCAGUCAUGUCCGGACUUUGUCAUCCAAUAACCCAACCCAGGACUAUAUCCUAAUGCAGCCUUCUCCAAGUAGCAAAGCUGAUAGUGCCCUUUUACAACAAAAUUAUUUAUUAUCUGUUCAGUCUUCUACUUCCUCUCCUGUCACUCACACCCAAGCCUUAACGAAUGACCAGUCUUCGGUUGAGUUGAAACCAGCCUAUGGCAAAAGUGAACAAGAUGAACGAAUGUUUCUCUCCUCCAAAGAGGACUCUGGGGAGCUUCCUAUUGAGGAUGUGCAGGCAUUACAGAAAGGCUCUAUUGGGAGCUCCCCUCAAACCCUUGCACGUAAUGAAAUUGGGGUGCAGAACAAUGUUGUUUAUGUCCUUUCAAAAAUGGAAGAUAGACAAAACACUCAAAGUGUAAUUCGUUGCAACUCCCGGUCCGAGGAGCAGAUUGUAGGCGAAACACAUUUGGAAACAACAAAGGAUGAAAAGAAGAUGUCUCCAAGACAAUAUGCUCCGCUAGCUACCAGUGCCAACAGUCCCAAUCACCCAAAGAGUAACCCUUUAUUUAUGCACUCCACCCAUGUACCCUUGAGUACUAACCAGCUGAAACGGCAAACUCUGCUUCUGAAAGAGUCCAGCUCUCAGCAGCAGAACCAUCAGAGUCAAAUUAUCAGAGUUCAACAGGCAAAUCAAAGGCAGCUGUCUGAGGACCACACACCAUUCAUUCGGGUUCCCAGUGCCCAAGUUUUGCUGGAACCAUCUCACAUGAUUGUUCUUCAACAGCCUGUGCUCACAUCAGGACAGAAUCAACCCAAGAAGACUAUGUACAUGCAGUCUGUACCAGUCCAAUAUCUUCAAACAAAUAGUGACACCAUUAGUUUGACUGUUAAUGGGUGUCACAACCAGCAAAUCAUUCCACACCAAGUCACCAUCUCAGCAGAAUCUACUAAACAGGAUGUGCCUCAAAAAGACAACUUUAGCCAAUCAAAUCCUCAUGACACAAAGCACAAUUUUACCCUAAGUUCUGUAUGUUUUCCUGAGUCCAUGCUAUUGGCAGAUGAGAGGCACAUCCUCUCAAAUGUAGAUGACAUUCUGGCUGCUACUGCAGCUGCCUGUGGCGUCACACCGCAGGACUUUGUCAAAUCCACAUCCUCUGAUGGAGAUUUGUCAUCUAUAGCCAACCCUACAGAUUCCAAGUGUCAUUUUCAGACUGUUGAGAACAGACUUAAUAGUUUCCCAUCUCAGAAUGUGAUCAUGGCUAACUCACAAACCAUGACAAUAAAUGGUGUUCAAAUGUCAUACCCCAAAGAUGAGGUGUUUAUGCUAUCAAACUCUCUUAACCAGCAAGAUGUUAGCAACAACUCUGCACAAGAGAUUUCCGAUGAGGUAGCCAGCUCCUAUGAGAAAAACUUGUUGCCCAAAGAACAUUUUGUGAAGUCCAGCAAUGACUCUGCUCUGAAUGCUAACGGACUAACUAUUAGUAAUAAAACCUCCUCUGACUUUCAGUUGUAUAGCCAGAAGAAUAGCCCAUCAGGACAUAUUAAUACUGAAAACCCAUCAAAUAAUAAGGGCCAUCCGAAGGGAACAGAAGGUAUUAAAACAGAUGAUGGUCCCAUUGAACAUCCCACUGAUGGCCUUCCAAAAAAGCGGUCUAGGUCAAAAGGUUCCUCUAAGCAAACUGCUGAGGAUGAAAAUGGUCAACACAAACCUCUGAAGAGAAGCACCCAAGCUAAGAGACAGAAUUCCCGUGCUAGUGAUGCAAGUUCAACCUCCACCUCAGAAGGUUGCCAUGAUAAUUACCAGCAGCAAGAGAGGAUGCGUCAGAAAUUAAAGGAGGUUGAGGAAAAACAGCCAGAAAUUAAAACUGGAUUCUUGGGCUCCUUCUUGGACUUUCUUAAAUCUGGACCCAGACAGCAACUUUCAUCUCCACCAAUACGGUCACCCAGUCGCUCUAGAAAGCCUUCGGCUUCCAAGAGGCCUCCUAAUCCUUCACUUAUACCUCUUAAAUCUCCACCUCCUUCAACCCCACUGAUAUCUCCAGACCCUCAUAGUAUACUUUCUACAAAGGGACAUGAUGAGGAUCUUCAGAGUAACCUGGAAACACUGCCAUCAUUUUCCUCUGAUGAAGAUGAUUCAGUAGGGAAAAACCAAGAUCUUCAGAAGAGCAUUACUUCUGCACUCUCAUCUUUAGACGAGCCUUUAGACAUAAAGCAGAAACUAGGUGACAAGACAAAGCAUGUUCACGCCUCAAGCAUCCAGCCAACCAAUGCAAAGCAACAGGAACAACAGAAAUCUGUACAGAACAUGUCUGCUGAGGAAUUGCUAAAGGAUGUCCCACAUGACAAGUUAGCUGUGCAACUGACCACUGUUGCUAUCGAAGGUCUGAUGGACGAAGGAAUGCCGGAUAGUGGAGGGGAGGGCAUGUACCGGGAGCGGGAUGAGUUUGUGGUUAAAAAUGAGGAUAUUGAAAGGCUGAAGAUCACAUUGAAAGCAGGGGUUGAACCACCAGCCAUCUGGAAGGUUCAGAAAGCCCUGCUGCAGAAAUUCGUACCAGAACUAAGAGAUGGGAAGCGCGUGUUCUUUGCCACCAACAGUUAUUUGGGGUACUUUGGUGAUGCCAAGUUCAUGUAUAGAAGAGUACAUGUCAAAUUUCUUGACACCGUCAACAAGCGGGAAUAUGUUCGAGUCUGCAGCAGAAAACCACGAACCAAGGCCAUGCUUUCACUGAGAUGCUCCCAGGCUAAAGCUCUUCUGGCCCAGCGAUUUACUGCUGUGACUGUAUCAGAUUCUCCCACACAGAAAACAGCACAACAGAAAGCUCUAUCAAAACCCAAACCCAAGCAGCCGAAAGCCAAGGCAGAACCUCCGCCCAAAAAGAGAAAGAAAUGGAAAGAGGAGUUCACAAUGUCUCCCUCUGACUCCUCACCAGAGGCUGUGAGUGAAGAUGAUGAGUUUACACCUCCGGUUCCAUUUGCUUCACGUUUCCUGAACACCAGAACGAUGAAGGAGACCUUUAAGAGCUUUGUAGAGCUGCUGAUCUGUGUAGCCCUGGACGCAGAUGUCAUUAAUGCACUAGAGAGAGAAAACGAUGAACUGUUGCUGCCUCAGAUGAAGAGGGUAGAUGGUAUGAUCACGGACAACAGGCGGAGACUGCUGCCAAAACUGCGCAUGGGUCAGAUGUUCAAAAAUGCAUUAGACAGCUUUCCUGAGCUUUCCCUCGUCAAUGAGCUGAAAACAGAUUGUGAGACCCCUGUUUUUAAAGUGAGAUUAAGUGGGAGGCCUUACAACAGGAAAACCAUGAAGCCCUCGAAAUCCCCCAAUAAACUUCCACUGGAAUACACAGUGGAUCAGCAGAAAACAAAGUGGUUUUCCCUUUAUCACUCUCUACAACACUACAAGUACCAUACAUACCUGAUGUGUAUGGAAGAGAUUGAGUUGUUGAAGUCUCGAGGUAAAGACUUGGGUCAGGAUGAGAUGGUCCAGACCUGCAUGGGGAACAGGGCAUGGGUAGAGGGCCUUUUCGAUCACUUCGGGGAUCUUCUGUCACAGGUGCAGCAGGCCUGCCUUUAAACAGAAGAGUACAUAAUGCUGGUAGACAACCAUAAAGCAUUCAUCAACCCUGUGAAAAUGCUUUAUUAAAGCACUACUGUAAUGUGGACAGUGAUAAAGAAGAAGAAACUAUGCGAUGAGGGAAUGCUCUUGAUGGUUUUAACAAAUGGAAAUAUAUAGACAAAUAUGGUGACAUCCUUUUGUGACAUCCACACAGACAAUGGACUUAGGGAUGGUUCACCCAAAAAUGAAAAUUCUCUCAGCAUUUAUUCACCCUCAUGCCAUCCCAGAUGUGCAUGACUUUCUUUCUUCUAUAAAGAUUAUUAGAAGAAUAUUUCAGCUCUGUUGCUCCAUACAAUGCAAGUGAAUGCAAGUCUAAAAAGCAAAUAAAGGCAGCAUAAAAGUAAUCCAUACGACUCCAGUGGUUAAAUCCAUGUCUUCAGAAGUGAUAGGAUAAGAGUGGGUGAGAAACAGAUCAAGUCCUUUUUUGCUAUAAAUUAUCCUCCCUGACCAUUAAGUGGCAUAUAAAAUAACUACAAUAACGUGGAGAUUAAUUGUAAAAAAGUACUUGUAUAUUGAUUUGUUACUCACCCAGACUUAUCAUAUCACUUCUGAGGACAUGGAUUAAACCACUUGAGUCUUAUGGGUUACUUUUAUGCUGCCUUUAUGUGCUUUUUAGAUCUUCAAAGUUCUGUACUCUAUUCACUUGCAUUGUGUGGACCUACAGAGCUGAAAUAUUCUUCUAAAAAUCUUUGUGUUCAGCAGAAAAAUGAAAGUCGUACUCAUCUGGGAUGGCAUGAGGGUGAGUAAAUGAUGAGAGAAUUAAAAUUUUGGGGGGAACUAUCCCUUUAAACUGUGGUUUUACAUAUAAAGAGAUUUCUUAUCAAUAAGGACCAGAAUUAAUGAUCUGGUAUGCGAUACAGAGUGUCAUGCUGAGACUUUUUAAACCUCCAUGGUUUAAAAGAAUGAUAUCUGUAAUUAUGGUUUGUGAUGGAGGGCAUUCUAAAAAAAAAAAUGUAUACAUUUAUAUAUAUGUAUAUGUAAAACAUCCGUUUUUUACAAAUGAAUGCCAAAUUUAUAUACAAUAAUGUAUAUUUUGUUUAGAGAGCUUGUUUGUCCUAGGAUUCUCUAAUGGAUGUAUUUGGCAUAAUAUAGAACACUUACCCUGUGUGCUUUUUGAACUUCUUUUGUUAUAACAAAGGUUAUACAUUUGGAGUUGGUGCAAUUCUAAUACUGCUUUUUUGUGAUAUUUUGUUGUAAUAAAAAGCAUUUACUUAAACUAUUUUUUCUGAGGGAAAAAUCUCUUUGUACUCCAAACAUUUAUUUUACCUCACAGAUAGAUGUAUUUUUCACAGAAGGAAAUAUUGUGGUCAUUUGUCCUACAUUUGUAGAUGGCCUAUGCAUUUAUGUCAAAUGCACACUGUAUACUUUACAACAUAUAGAUUAUUUCCUUAUUUGGUGAUAGUGCAAGUUUGCCAUGGUUUUAAAUGGAUUACUGUGCCAACAGUAUUGGAUUCAUUUCUUGUUUUUCAGGUGUAGCUGUUUUACACACUACAAUGUUUUUGCUGUCAUGUGAUAAUAAAUUUCCUACUA